CAGCGCCGGUGUGUAGUGCGCAUGCGCGGCGCGUCAGAUCCGGCUGCGGAAGGAUGAAUGUAAAUGUCAAAGAUGGCGGCGGAGGGAGGAGGGAAGGAGAUGAACGAGAUCAAGAGUCAGUUCAGCACGCGGGAAGGCGCGUAUAAACUCCUCACGCACUCAGAGUACAGCAGACCCAACCGAGUGCCCUUCAACUCUCAGGGCUCGAACCCCGUCAGAGUCUCGUUCGUCAACGUCAACGAUCAGUCCGGUAACGGCGAGCGCAUCUGCUUCAAUGUGGGCCGCGAGCUCUACUUCUACAUCUAUAAAAGCGUCAGGAAGGUGAGCGCGACACGCUGUGUCUGUGUGCGGACGCACACUAACGUGAUGAACGCCAGCGGCCCGCCGGCCACAGCAAGCGGAAGCAGCGUCAUCACCGGCUCCAGCAACCCCAGCACCAACGGCAGCAGCAGCAGCUCAAGUGUGCUCCCCGCGCCGCUGCCGCGCUCCAACAGCCUCCCGCACUCCGCCGCCGGCACCGGAAACAGCAAGAGCGCCGCCUCGGACAACCCCAUCGCCGCCGGCGUCAGCAAGUUCGCCACGCUCUCGCUGCACGACCGCAAAGAGCGGCACCCCGACAAAGACCACAAGCGCAACCACAGCAUGGGCCACAUCAGCAGCAAGAGCAGCGACAAGCUCAACCUGCUGACCAAAACCAAAACAGACCCCGCCAAGACUCUGGGCACGCAGCUGUGUCCGCGCAUGGAGGACGUGCCGCUGCUCGAGCCGCUCAUCUGUAAAAAGAUCGCGCACGAGAGACUCACCGUGCUCAUCUUUCUAGAGGACUGUAUAGUCACCGCGUGUCAGGAGGGGUUUAUUUGCACGUGGGCGAGACCCGGCAAAGUGGGGUUGCUGUCAUCCCAAAACCAAGCCAGCUCUCCCAGUGGAACAGUAGUAUAGCCACGAUAUUCCUGCUGCUAUGAGACCGCACCACGUCUCCGGCUCCGCUCAGAACCGCUGGUUUUCCUCCUCUCCUGCUCUUGCUGUGCUUCUGGAGGCCCGUGUUCGCAGGGGAUCCUUACAUUUCUUCUGUUCUAACAGAGUAUUUAUUUGAAUUGUUUUGUUGCUUUCACUCUCAAAUGCAUCUCACGGUGUUAUUAUUUCUGCUGUGUAUGUCAAGCUUGUCUGAGGUGUGGGGAAUCAUUUAAUCAGGUGGAAAAGCAGUGGGCUUGAACUCAGUUUGCUGAGAAAGACCUGGUGGUCCACACGGCUCCAGACUCGCUUCCAGCACAGAUCCUUUCAACGCUUUUACCUUCUCCCUCUCUCUGAUGGAACAGAUUCCACCCGCUGUUCAAGACUUGGCACUGAUUUUAUUUAGGUUGUUGUUUUGGUAACUACUUUAAAGGAUCACAAAAGACAAAAAAGGAAGAGAUAGAUGUUUGGGGAAGGCCUUGAUGCACUUGGCUUUAAUAUCCUCUGUCUUGAAAUCUGAAUCUGAAAAGCUGGAUGCUGCAAUCAUAGUUUUUUAAAGAAAAUUUGUUUGCACUUAAUAGUUUAUUAGAAGAGAAUGGCUUUACAUUUAAUGUGUGCGAGGACUCACAGACCGGUAUAAUGUGGAGAAUUAUGAUUAAAACUUUGUAUCUAUUGAGCAUUUAUUUUAAUAUUGUUUCAGAUAAAAAUCUGCUUUGUAUUAUAUGUAUAAUAUUGUAAUUCAGUGAUUUAUCGGGGCAAAAGCAAAUGAUCAGUAACUCUAGUGGACCUGUCAUCAUUACAGGAAAUAGUGACAUUUCUAAAGCAGAAAAAUAGAUAUAAUAAUAUUAAAAUUAAUCUUAAAUAUGCAGGUUUCUGUUGGUUUAGUUUCGUUUUCCUGUCUCUUGUACAAAAGUCCCCCAGAUGUAUUUUGAUAUGAGAUUUCUGUAAGAAUUAGGCUGAUCUAUUGUUACAGACGGCCAAACGCAUGAAGCUCAGGAAGUCUAGCAGACGCAAAAAACAAACCUUACGAAAGAGUUCCCAGAGUUCAUAUUUUGCUUACCAACAGCAAACUUAUUCUAUGUACUACUAAGAAAAAGCCACUAGAGCGAUCGGUAGAAUCUCACAGUGUGACACUAUUAAACGUCUAACAGAGCCUUUUCUGUGACUAGCAGUCAUUGUUCAUGAGAUAUACACUAACCGGGAAAGACCAGGAUGUGGAAGUGCUCAUAUUUUUGAUUCAUGUGGUUAACAUUUUGCAUUUCACAUUUUGUUCUUCAUUAAAAAAAAAGUCCAUGGA